CAAAUCCACGAAAUCAUACUAAUGUUCAUACAUGACACAUAUCUAUCUGGAGAUAUUUUUUAUAUUUUGUGCCAGUAAAUGUCUCAUUUGCAGAAUUUAAAACGAUGAGUAAAUCUACAACUAUGUCUUCUGAAGAAGUAGUUGAGCAUCAUCUGGUCGCAACCGACUCAAUGUCAAACAUUUCUGAUGUCUCAUCACAAACACAAAUCCUAAGAUCAUCAUCCGGAAAGUCAACAACACAAAAAGAAGUGUGCCUUAUUAUUGAUUUAACAGAAACACUUGAAAACUAUCAACACCGUAAAAUGGCAUAUGAAGAAGUGAAACUUGCAUGUCAAUCAGUUGCAUCGAAUCUUCAAUUGCUUCAAUUCGGAAAACUCGACUUUGGAGACACAAAUACCUCAGAUAUAUUCAAUAACGCAGAUGUGUCGAUUGUAGACCUUUCUAUUGUGAAUCAACAAAGUGCUUUAUCUUAUUAUCUCGGAAUUCGAGAAAGUUUUGACAUGAAGAACAACAUCGUGCUGUACAACGACAUGGAUCAGGAAGCGACGUUACGUCUUAAGAUUUCUUGCGGAAAUUACACUUUUUUGCCAUACCGAUUAUCAGAAGAGAAGAAUUCUUGUGUCAUAACAAAUCCAGUGAAGAAAGGAACCGAAGAUGCCAUCGAAGGCAACAAGCAACAAACUUUAUUACAAAAAAUUAAGAAAAUACUUCUUGAUGUGGAAAUUCAAUCAAAAGCUCAUUUAAAGGAAAAAUUUCUAGCAGAUUUACGAGCUGCGAGAGAGUUGAAUGAUAUUGACGAACAGAAGAAAAUGCUCAGAAAUAUGAGAAAGCGUCUUGACGAUCCAAACGUUCUUUCCGGUGAAGUGUUUCAAUCUUACAUGUACUCGCUUCGUGAUGUUCAAGAUUACGAUGCAAUGGUGAAUCUUGUGAAUGAUCUUCAAACUGUACCAAGCACGCAAAAGGUCAUGAACACGGGACAAAUGUCGUAUCUCUAUGCGUUUGCUCUCAAUCGAAGAAACGCUGAAGGCGAUCGAGAAAAUGCUUUGAAAACUUGCAUCAAAGCUUUGGAGAAGAAGAAAAAUCAUUUUCCCGACAUGCUUUGUUUGAGUGGUCGAAUCUACAAAGAUAAAUUCGUGGAAUCAAAUUACACGGACAAAGAUUCACUUCUGAAUGCAAUUCACUGGUAUCGAAAGUCAUUUGAAGUGCAACCGAACGAAUAUGCUGGAAUUAAUCUCGCAACACUUCUCGUUAUAAACGGCGAUUCAUGGCGAUCAUCACAAGAACUUCAGCAUAUUGCAAUCAUGUUGAAUUCAUUCAUUGGAAGACGUGGCGAGUUGUCAUCGUUGAAAGAUUAUUGGCUUUUUUCGACGUUCUUCGAGAUUUCAGUUCUAGCUGAAGAUUAUGGAAAAGCAAUUCAAGCUGCUGAAUGUAUGUUUAAGUUAAGACCACCGAAUUGGUAUUUAAAGUCAACAAUUGGCAACAUUGCGCUCAUCAAUCAAUUUCGAAGGGUUAAUGAAGACGAGCCGAUUGCGUCUGAACAGAAAGUCUUCGAAUUUUGGAUGGAAUUCUUUCUUGAAGCAACCAAAACCGAUGACAACACCGACAUAAGAUUUCCGAUUCUCAUCUUUGAACCACAAAACAAUAAAAGCACAAGCAAUAUUUAUAUCCCAUCAUAUGUCAAUGUUAAUACUGAUGUCGAAGAGAAAUCAAUUCAAAUUUUCAAUAUUUGUGCUCAUCAUGAGAAAACAAAUUGUCGGAAACGUCACGACUUUCUUUUCAUGGCAAAUCAAAUUAAAUCUGUCUCACUUUACAAACGUGAUGAACGUUGCGCUUAUCUUUAUGUUCAUCAAAAUUCUGAUGACUUUCAAAUUUAUUUUCCAUCAGUUCUCGUUCGUCAACGUUUCUAUGAUUUCGUUUUAGAAAUGACAGCUGAACAAGGCGAGAAUUUUGUUGAUUUGUCAAUUGCAACCGCCGAUGAUAUAAAAUUUGAAUACGUUUUGAAGGAAAAUAAUCAGAAAGAAGUUCUUGGGAAAGGAACUUACGGAAUUGUGUAUGCUGCGAUUGAUUUAGUAACACAAGCAAGUAUCGCAGUAAAAGAAGUUCCCGAGAAAUUCUUCGACGAAGUUCAGCCACUUCACGAGGAAAUUAAACUUCAUUCACAACUUCGCCAUCGAAAUAUUGUUCAAUAUCUCGGAUCAAUAUCUGAAGGUGGAUUCUUCAAAAUCAUCAUGGAACGUGUUCCCGGUGGAUCAUUGUCAGCAUUGUUGAAGUCAAAAUGGGGUCCGUUAAAAGAUAAUGAAAGUACAAUUGCACAUUACAGUAAACAAAUUCUUCAUGGCUUGAAAUAUCUUCACGAUCAGAAGAUCGUUCAUCGUGAUAUUAAAGGCGACAAUGUUCUUGUCAACACUUACAGCGGCGUCAUUAAAAUAUCUGAUUUUGGAACAAGUAAAAGACUUGCCGGAAUCAAUCCAAAAGCUGGAACAUUUACAGGAACUGUUCAGUAUAUGGCACCGGAAGUGAUUGAUCAAGGUGUUCGUGGAUAUGGACCGCCAGCUGAUAUUUGGAGUUUUGGAUGUACAAAUGUAGAAAUGGCAACUGGUCAGCCUCCAUUUAUCGAGUUAGGAUCACAAGAAGCUGCAAUGUUCAAAAUUGGAUUUUAUAAGAAACAUCCAGACAUCCCUGAAGAAAUGUCGACGAUGGCGAAAAAUUUCAUCUUGCGAUGCUUCGUUGUUGAUGUUGACAAACGUCCAACAGCUGCACAAUUACUUGAAGAUCCGUUCUUGUCAGACAAACAACGAAGAUCACGAACAAUUGUGUCGAGUGUCGCUCCAAAUGAUUUCUCACGAAGUAUUUCUGUCCCAGCUGAUCGAAUGGUGUCCAAAACAACAAGCCCUGUUCAACAACAAUACAGUUCAUCAGCAUGCAACACACCAACAACACCUGAAUUUGAGACUCCAAGUAAUCAUUUCAUCACACCAGCAUCACGUUCCAUCACUGGACAUAGGAAAAUUGUUGCUAAUCAUUUAAGUCCAAUACAAAUACCAACAAUCAGUACAAUCAGUAGCAUAGCGACAACACCAUCAGUUGACAUGGGCGAUGGUGAAUUCAGCCUUCAUCGAAGAAGUUCCGGUGGCGUUCUGUUGUCACCAGAAGUUGACGUUUCAUCAACAUCAAAGACCGUUCCAGGUGAAACAAGUGAAAGUGACGGAUUUUAUUUACUCAAAAAAGAUUCACAACGUCGUCAAACAUUAUCGAAAGUGCUGACACAAGAUGAACAAAAGAUUUGCGCUGUGUGGAUGGAGAAGAUUGAAAAUGAUCGUCCAGAAAAAAUUGUCUUGAAUAUUUCACAUUUGGAGACACUCAUUCGAGCACUCAAAGAUUACAUCAUCGAUCAGAAGAAGGAAACAUUGAAGAAAUCGUUAAGUCAUUUAAAGAAGCUUCUUGACUUUGAUUCAACAGCAAUUGAUCAUCUUCAUUACGCACUUUAUAAGUUUCAGGACGCUGUUAUUGCGGUUCUUCGUGGUGUCAGCAUAAAGCCCCAUUGGAUGUUUGCUUUGGAUAAUCUCGUAAGAAAUGCUGUUCAUGUUGGAUUAAUGAUUUUAUCACCGGAACUUGGUGCGAAUCUUGCUGGUCAAGAGCGUGAAGAUGGAGCUGACGAUGAAGACGAAGUCGACGAAUUGUCAAAUUCUGGUGUGAGUACAGUAAAUUCAACAAAAGCAACGCGACAACUUCAUGGAAAAGAAUCAGAAGAAGGAAAAUUCUUAAUGGAUCAAGUGAAACUUCUUCGAAUUGAAAAUGCAAAGCUCCUUGGAGAGCUUCUUGAAUCUCAGAAAAACUUUCAGAAUCUUAUUAAAACAAUUCCACAUGAUCAGGGAAUGUUCUCAGAAGCUUUACGUACUCUUGCUCAUCAGUUAUCGAAUUUUACAAGGAAUUUUGAGCGAAGUGGUUCUCAUGGUUAUUACAGUGACGAUCAAAAUCGGAAGAACUCUUUGUCGACUGAAGGAAGUCCAGCAUUUGACGAGUCGUCAGCAGGGAAAAAACUUUCAAUUCCACUGUUCAAAAAUCCUCAACUUAAGUCACCAUUUAAUGCUCGACAAUCAUACGAUCCACGGCUUGUUGAGUGGCUGAUUCGUCAUAAUUUUGAUGAUGAAGCGAGAGCUGCUGUAUCAAUGGCUGACUUCACAUAUGAAGAUUUUAUUUAUGAAUCUGAUAAAGAUGAUAUUAGACGUAUUGGAUUAAGAACUGGAACUGAAGUUCGAUUGUGGCGUCAUAUUCAGGGACAUCGAUCAAGAUUUAAAUCUUUUCAACUUGAACAAUUGCAUACAAAUAGUCCAAUUACCAAUGGAUAUGCAAGCACAGUUCAUGAUCAACAACAUUGUCAAAUUGACAUUAAAGGUGGCUAUAAAAAAAGUAAAGAAAAUAAAGAUAGGAAAAUGGCAUUCGAAGACGUGAUGCAACGUGCCAAUGCCGCUUUCCAAAGUGGCAAAACAAAGAGUAUCGCUUUUCGUCGUAAGCAACUUGAAGCAUUGCUUCGAAUGUAUGAAGAAAAUAAAGACGAAAUGGUAGCUCGACUUGCAGCUGAUCUUAGACGACCUAAGCAAGAAGCAAUGGUUCUUGAAGUUGACUUUUUAAUCAAUGACAUGAUCAACAAUUUAUUGAAUUUGGAAAAGUGGGCUGAACCUGCAAAACCCGAUAAAAGCAUUGUGAAUAUAACUGACGACGUUUUAAUCUACAAUGAUCCCUAUGGAGUUGUUCUUGUGAUGGGUGCAUGGAAUUAUCCACUUCAACUCUCUUUGGUUCCUUUCGGUGCAGCAAUCGCCGCUGGUAAUGCUGUCAUUUUAAAGCCAAGUGAAGUUUCACACAAUUGUGCAAAAUUCAUGGCUGAAAUGAUUCCAAAAUAUCUUGACAAUGAAUGCUAUCAUGUCAUAUGUGGUGGUGUACCAGAGACAACAGCGCUGUUGAAGAAUCGCUUCGAUUACAUUUUCUACACUGGAAGUGGACGCGUUGGAAAAAUUGUUUACGAAGCUGCAACGAAACAUUUAACGCCAGUGACACUCGAAUUAGGUGGAAAAUCGCCAGUUUAUCUUGACAACACUGUUGAUCUUGACAAAGCUGUUCGAAGAAUAUUGUGGGGAAAGUUUGUAAAUGCUGGUCAAACUUGUAUUGCUCCUGAUUACAUUUUAUGCACCAAAGAAAUCCAAAAAAAAUUCGUCGAUGAAGCUAAAAGCGUCUUAAAGGAAUGGUACGGCGAUAACAUCAAAGCUAGUCCCGAUUUUAGUCGCAUUGUUAAUCAAGCGAGUUUUCAACGAAUUGUGAGUUUCUUAAAAGAUGGAAAAAUUGCUGUUGGUGGUGGAACUGAUUCGGAAGAACGAUUUAUUGAACCGACGAUACUUGUUGAUGUUAAACCGAAUGAUCAAGUGAUGCAAGAUGAAAUCUUUGGACCAAUCUUGCCAAUCAUGACGGUUGAAAAUGCAUUCGAUGCCAUAAAAUUUAUAAACUCAAGGGAUAAGCCAUUAGCUAUGUACAUCUUCAGUAACAAUGAAUCAGAUCGAAAUAUCAUCAUUUCUAAUACAUCAUCUGGUGGUGUUUGUUGCAACGACACAAUUAUGCAUUUAGCUGUUGACACGCUUCCGUUUGGUGGAGUUGGUCCAAGCGGUAUGGGAAAUUAUCACGGAAAGUUCACUUUUGAUGCAUUCACUCACAAACGUGCCUGUUUGGUCAAGAAGAUCAACGGAGUCAGCGAAGCACUUUCAAAUGCCCGUUAUCCACCGUACACCGAAGGCAAGAUGAGCUACUUGAAUUUCCUCGUGAGAAAACGUAAAGGAAUAUCAAUUCCCGGCUUUUCUUAUCUUCUUCUGUUUGGACUUGGAAUUGCUUCAACUCUCCUUGUUCAGCAACUUUUACCAGAAUUGUUAGUUGGGUUGGUCGAUGAUGAUGAUGAUGGUGAUGAUGAUGAUGAUCAAACUUCUCCCGUUUUAACUGUUCUUUAUCCAACUCCUUAUUUAACGUUGUUCACUUUUCCUGUCAUCUAA